CAGCGCUUUCACUCCCUCUGCCUCUCCGUGUGACUGAGCCAUGGCGGCCGGCUGGCCCAUCGGUGCCUCCCUGCUGCUCCUCUGCCUGCUGGGGGUCAGCGGCACCCCUCAACUCCGACACGCUGCCGCUAUCGCGGCAGGUCUCUGCAACACCAAACCCACGGACCUGGUGUUCAUUGUGGACAGCUCUCGCAGCGUGAGGCCUUCUGAGUUUGAGCAGGUGAAGGUGUUUCUGACCAAGGUCAUCGAGGGGCUGGACGUGGGCCCCAACGCCACCCGCGUGGGGGUGAUCAACUACGCAAGCCGCGUGAAGAACGAGGUGCCGCUGAAGACGCACCGUACCAAGGCGGCCCUGAUUCGAGCCGUGACGCGCAUCGAGCCGCUCUCCACAGGCACCAUGACAGGCCUGGCCAUCCAGUUUGCCCUCAACGUGGCCUUCACGGAGGCGGAAGGGGCACGCGUACGCUCGCCCGACAUCAGCAAAGUGGCGAUCAUUGUGACAGACGGCCGUCCCCAGGACAACGUGCGCGACGUGGCGGCCCGGGCGAGGGAGGCCGGGAUCGAGCUGUUCGCCAUUGGUGUUGGUCGCGUCGACAUGAACACGCUGAGGCAGAUUGCCAGCGAGCCCCUGGAGGAUCAUGUGGACUACGUAGAGAGCUACAGCGUGAUCGAGAAGCUCACCAAGAAGUUCCAGGAGGCUUUUUGCGGUGAGGUGUCGGACCUGUGUGCGACAGGGGACCACGACUGCGAGCAGGUGUGUGUCAGCACACCUGGCUCAUACAAGUGUGCCUGCAACGAGGGAUUCACACUCCUGGAAGAUGGCCGAUCCUGCAGCGCCUGCAGCAGUGCCGCCACCGAUGUCGUGUUCCUGAUCGAUGGCUCCAAGAGCGUGCGCCCUGAGAAUUUUGAGCUGGUGAAGAAGUUCAUCAACCAGAUUGUGGAAAAGCUGGACGUGGCGGAGGACAAGGCCCACGUGGGUCUGGUGCAGUACUCGAGCGCUGUCAGGCAGGAGUUCCCCCUUGGUCGCUACAACAGCAAGAAGGACCUGAAGGAGGCCGUGAAGAAGAUGGCCUACAUGGAGCGGGGCACCAUGACCGGGCAGGCUCUGCGCUACCUUGUGGACAACAGCUUCGCCCCCAGCCAGGGUGCUCGACCGGGCGUUGCCAAGGUGGGCAUCGUCUUCACCGACGGGCGCUCGCAGGACUACAUCGGGGACGCGGCCAAGAAGGCCAAAGACCAGGGGUUUCAAAUGUACGCGGUGGGCGUGGGCAACGCCGUGGAAGAUGAGCUGAGGGAGAUCGCGUCGGAGCCCAUCGGCGAGCACUACUUCUACACGGCCGACUUCAAGACCAUGAGCCAGAUCGCCAAGAAGCUGCAUGUCAACAAAUGUGAAGAGGAGAACCCUUGCGAAUGCGAUUCUCUCGUCAAGUUCCAGAAGAAAGUAGAAAAGGCCUUACAGGCGUUAACGAAAAAAUUGGAAAGUGUAACGAAGAGGAUCACAGCACUAGAGAACAAAAUCGUCUGAGGGACACGUCCUUCGCUUCCUGGGUCCUUUGGCCCCACCCAGUCUUCUCUUUUUUUUUGUGAACAACUCCUGUAAAAUAUUGAAGCCGAGCCCAAGGGCUCUCCAGUUUUGCCCCUUACCGCUUGCUGACCUCUCCCCUGCCUCCCUCUCGCUUCUCUAAGUUCAGGUAGUUGUGCUUGUCCAUCGCCGCUCUCCGUGGAGACGGAGAACUGAUCGCCACGGAGACCCUGAGCGCGCAGGUCCCACUGCCAGACUGCAAAGACAUGUCCUCCCCACCUGGGUGUACCGCCGCUGGCUCUUUUUUCUUCUUCAUCUUCUCCUUUCUUUGCUGAGCCCCUUUCUCACAUAAAUUUUAUAUAAAGCUAAUUUAAUAUAAGAGUGGACUUUACAAGUAUAUAUGUGCUCGUGGUCUUUUUCUUAAUGGAAAGAUGUCUUAGCAGAGCGACCGGAAGCAUGUGCUGGUGCAUGUACGUACAGUGUCGAGUGGACACGGAUGUGUGUGACUCCACACGAGGAGGAGAUGGAGCCCGCAGGACCGCUCACAGUCCUCACACCCCGCGCAGCUCUACCUGGCUGCGACAUGAUGCUGCCCCCCACACACCCCACACACACACACACACACACAAACAAACACACAUACAUUGCUGAGUCUGGGCAGUGAGGCCUAGGGUAUUUCACUG